GAGUCCCGUGGGCCCUCGAGUUCGGGGCGCCCCGUCCCUGCCGGGGCACCCAGAAGCGGGAAGACAGCCCCAGGCGUCCCGCCUUCCUUCCCCAGGAAACGCUCGCCCUGCACGGCGCUUCCUCGUCCCUCGCUUCGUUCCCCUGCUCCUCCGUCCUUUGGUCCGUCUUUCUGUCUGUGCUUCUAUCUUUGUCUCAUCCUCUCGGACUAGAUCGCUCCCUGUCCGGAUUUUGGGGCCCAGGCCCCGGGGGCUGCCUGCUUGCAGGGUCUGUCUCCUCUGGGGGUUCGGUCCCUGGCGCCCCUGUAAGAGGCUCGUGGUCUUGACAGGUCUGGGCCUCAGCCCCCAUCUGGGUCCCUGCUCCCCUCCCUCUCGGCCCCCACAGGACCCCAGUCCCCACCCUGGCACCAGCAGCAGGUCAGCCCUGGGGAGGUGAGGGGCAGAGGGCCGUGCUCAGCCUCUGUGGCCAGGACUUGGGUCCUGGAACGAGUUGCUGCCCUUCUUCAGGCUCAGACCCCCUCUCCCAGCUCCCCGGGUUGCGUGACUGCGUGAGCCGGUGCGGGGCAGGGGUCUGGGAGGGCAGCUGGCACGUGACGGGUGCAGAGGGGAGAGGGAGGGCCGGGUCUUGGAGGGUUGGGCCGGGGGGACAGGACCCUGACUGAGGGUGGGGAGGCCGGAGACAUGACUUUCUGCUGGGCUCUGAGCUGGAGAGGAAGCGGAGGCAAAGUCUCAGCUUCAGCGCCGAGCUCAGGUGGGAAAGCCUCGCCCUGAGCACGGCUGUGAGAGUCGGACCAGACGAGCCGUCCCCACCCGACGGACACAGGCACCCUCACAUCUACACCCCCUGCUGCCUUAGGACCGGGGGCCACUUGGGCGUCCCUCCCUGGGGCCUCCUGGCUGCCCAACUGCAGUGCCCGGGGUCUCUCUUACUCCCCCAGGGAGGGAGCUCGGGGUGGCUUUUGCAGAACCAGAGGCUCCGGUAGGACCCUUGGGGCUCACCUGGGCGCCAGCCGCCCUAGGAGCUGGAGACGAACACCCUUUUCCCGGGCGGGCUCGCAGCCAGCAGGGCCCCGCCAGGAAAGCCAUGCCUCGGGGUGGCACUGGGCCCGUCUGUAAGUGGCAUCUGGUCUCUGCUGUGAAGUUGUUGACCUUGGGGUCCUGGGAGGUUUGUGAGGGUCCGGGACGCUCUUCGAUUUGCAGUGAGAUGGGUGUUGGCUGGGGUCUCCUGUGCCGUCUCCCGCCCUCUCUGCUGAGUCUGGAAUAGACACAGGGCCCACCUCCAGCCCCAGCUCAGGGCAGGGCUGAGAGACAGGCCAGGGGUGUCCGGGUGCUCCUAGCCUCGUCAGUGACAUCACCCCUCCCUGGCUCCUGAGUGCCUGGGAAGCAGUUGGGGGGAGGCCGAAUCAGAAGGGGUAGCCGCUCUCAGAUUCUGCUUCUCUCUGUCUGUCUGUCUGUCUGUCUCUCUCUGCAGGAGCCGGGCCCCUUCUCGUCUUGCUUCCUAUCUGUCCGCUCCUGCUCCUCCUCUCCCCCUCAAAACCUGCCUUUGCUGCUUCUGCCCUCACCCCCUGGAGGCUCAGGUCUGUGGGGCCCACCCACCCGCUCUGGGGCCAUGGGAGCACUGCUGGGACUCCUGGCGCUGCUGCUGUGGGGCGCUGGGGCCGAGGGCCGGCCAAGAAAGGUGCUGACGCUGGAGGGGGACCUGGGGCUGGGGGGGCUCCACGUCUGCCCCGACGGCUCCUAUGCCACCAACGACGAUGCUCCCACUGCCAUCACGGGUGUCAUCGGCGGCUCCUACAGUGACGUCUCCAUCCAGGUGGCCAACCUCCUGCGGCUGUUUCAGAUCCCGCAGAUCAGCUACGCGUCCACCAGUGCCAAGCUGAGCGACAAGUCCCGCUACGACUACUUUGCCCGCACGGUGCCCCCCGACUUCUUCCAGGCCAAGGCCAUGGCCGAGAUCCUCCGCUUCUUCAACUGGACCUACGUGUCCACCGUGGCGUCCGAGGGCGACUACGGCGAGACGGGCAUCGAGGCCUUCGAGCUGGAGGCCCGCGCCCGCAACAUCUGCGUGGCCACCUCUCCGGGCGAGGUGUGCUGCUGGCUCUGCAUCCCCUGCCAGCCCUACGAGUACCGGCGGGACGAGUUCACCUGUGCCGACUGUGGCCUGGGCUACUGGCCCAACGCCAGCCUCACCGGUGUGCUGGGCGUCUUCGUGCGGCACAACGCCACGCCCGUGGUCAAGGCCUCGGGCCGGGAGCUGUGCUACAUCCUGCUGGGCGGCGUGUUCCUGUGCUACUGCAUGACCUUCGUCUUCGUGGCCAAGCCCUCCACCGCCGUGUGCACCCUGCGGCGCCUGGGCCUGGGCACCGCCUUCUCCGUCUGCUACUCAGCCCUGCUCACCAAGCUGCGCUGCAACCACCGGGACGCCAGCAUGCUGGGCUCGCUGGCCUACAACGUGCUGCUCAUCGCGCUCUGCACGCUCUACGCCUUCAAGACCCGCAAGUGCCCCGAGAACUUCAACGAGGCCAAGUUCAUCGGCUUCACCAUGUACACCACCUGCAUCAUCUGGCUGGCCUUCCUGCCCAUCUUCUACGUCACCUCCAGCGACUACCGGACGCAGACACGGACCCUCAGGGAGGUUCAGUCCCUGCCUGAGGGCACUCAGCUUGCGAGUGUAGAGCAGGGUCUGAACUGACAACCUUAACAGUUAAAGGAGCAGGAAACCAAGGCCAGAGCCCCUGCAAAGGCCCUUCCCCCGGCACAGAGGUACGGUGGGCGGUGCUGGGGGCCAGGGUCUGCUGGGCUUGGCUGCUGUGCACCUGCUGGGCCACCUGCCUGGGAGGUGGAGGCAGGGCUGGGAGGGAAUGGCUCUCACUCAGCCCACAUUUGCAUAGGAUUUGCAUGCUCAUCACAGGUGGCUGAGGACUCACCUGAGACACAGAGUAUUCACACAUGCAUCGGUAUACACACAUGCAUGUAUUUCCACACUCACACACAUGUGCACACCUCAGUACACCUGGCACACACCCACCUCGUCCCACCUGCACCUGCACACACUCCCCACCCCCUACAUACACGUGCCCAACAGAUACACAUGCACUUACACACACGCCCUCCAUACCUGCGUCCCUCUACACACGUGAGCACACACAAGUGCACACACGCUCCCACGUGCACAUGCUCCCCUGCAUGAUCACCUCAUGGCUGGUACCUUGGCUCCCUGGGCAGAUGGCCCACUGGGGCCGAUGCUGGCUGUGCCCAGCCUUCCCAGAAACCCUCCGGGGCUUGGCGAACGGGCCCAGGCCCAGUGCUGGACGCUUACCCUCUCGCCCACUCCCUGCCCCGC